AUGCUUCCGCCCAACGUGGGCAGCCGCACUAACCGUGCUGGUCGAUACGACGUGCCCUCGGCAAGCAAGCAGUCCCGUCAGGUUGACUGUCAGCCAGGCGAGCCACGAACCGCGUACACUACUGCCAAGCUGACGCGCACACGCGCUUCACAAAAGAAUGGUCUCGCCCUCGUUUCUGGGCCUGUGGCGUCACCGCGUCACCCAGCUCACCCAAAGCGGCGGUGCAAGGGAUGGCUAGGCUUGGACAAUCUGGCGCCUGCACCAGGCGCUGGCGGUGCUCUCGGUGUGCUGUCAUCAUUGUCUAUUUCUACCACCCCAUCAUCACAGUCAGCUAGGUUUGCAAAAGCACCAGAAACCCCGCCUCUGCCAGCCCUCGCCGCCUCGUCUUCUUCCAGCACUCUCGACCACUCCCCCCACCCCCCUCCUCUCCCCACCGAGACCCCUCGCAGCGACACGCCCGUCCAUCACAGGGAAGGCGCCAGCGCAAUGGCUCCCGCCUCACCAGCAUCGCUCGGCACCUCGCCGCAGCAGUUCAACCACUUCGCCCCUCUAUCACCUGACAUGGCUCAAACGCCUCUAGAGGACUCAGAGAUGAACGCCAUCCUGGGUCUCGCACCGCCAGAUCCCGCCAUUGCGUCCUCACGCCCGAACAACGGCGGUUUCGCGACCCCUAUCCGCCAGCCCCGCGGGCCGAUCGUGACCUACUCCCGUGAGGAUCUUCUCCGCCUCUCGAAGCGAACCCAGGUCCCCGACGGAUUAGUCCCUUUAGAGAGCUGGUUCGGGCAGAUGCCCAAGCCCAUGGUUGACGACCCUGCCAUUGCGGCGAUCAGCCCCCGCGGCAUGAGGGCCGGUGCUCAGAGUGGCUUCGGUGAAGGGUUCGGGUUCGGCGGUGGAAUCGGCGGCGGCGGCAGGCUCGCCGGCGGUCGUGGAGGUGUUCGCAACAUUGGCCUGCGCAGGCAACCAGAGGGUGCCCCUGCUGAUCCGGCGAUUGCGGAGCACGGCGGACGGUUCGGCGGCCAGAUGGGCAAGUUUGCGGUCCAGCCGCGCAGAUUCGACGACAAGCGCGGUGGAGGCGAGAGGGGCGAGAGGAUGGGCGGUGACCGUCACCACCACCAGCACCAGCACAGCCAGCACAAUCGCCCACAGCAGCGCAACGGCGAUUCCCGACGGACAGGCGGCCCAAGGUACGACGACGACAGCGCCGAGCCCGCAUGGAUGAACGAUGGCCCCGAGCUUGAGGACCCCGCUAUUGCCAGUGCGACGCAGGACACUGAGCACCUUGUCAAGUUUGUGCCAGGCGAAGACAUGAUUGCCGCCCACAAGCGCCAGAUGAAGGGUGGACCCCGCGGUGGAUCGGAGGGCGACAGCUGGCGGCCAAACGAGAAGCCGCUCGUGUCGUUCUUCGGAGGCGAGCAACCCCCGGCCAAGACGCCGCCCAAGCCCAAGGAGGUCAACGUCGCCAACUACUUCAAGCACAAGGUGUUUGACGACGACAAGGGCAAGGACGAUGACCAGCCAGAGGAGAAGGAGGAGACGAGCGCGUUCCAGUCCCGCUUCCAGCGCUUCUUCGGCUCAGGCUCGCAGAACCCUUCUGCCGCUGCCGCCGGCAUCAGCCCCGGCCGAUCGCCCGUUGCUCCCGAGUCGCCUGCCAGCGGUCAGCGUGUCGACGACCACAUGGCCAAGCUCAUGGGCAUGCUGUCCACCAAGGGUCCCAGCCCCGCUCCCCGCCCCGGCUCCGCCGACCUGCAGCAGCAACGCCCGCCGUUUGGUGGUUUCCGCGGCGGUCCUCCCCCUCCGCCAGGCAUGUACGCCCAGUCGCCCACCGAGCCCCCGCAUUCGCACUCGCAGAGUCCCACCGACUACAUGCGCCGCGACGACGUCCCUCCCCAGCAGCAGCAGUACUCGUCGCCCCCGCCGCCCGACCCGCGCUACUAUGGCAACUUCCGGUCUCCGAUGGGUGAGCUGCCGCAGCAGGGUCCUCCCCAUGGCCCGCCCCAGGGUCAUCACCAGCAACGCUCAUUCUACGACGGCCCCCAGCGCCAGCAGAUGCCUGGUCCUCCUCCCGGCUCCAACGGUGGUCCCGGUCCCGACCUCCUCUCGCUGUUGAACCAGCAUGGCGGACCGCAGCAUGGCCCCGGCCCCCAGGGCCCUCCCUCUGGCGGUCCCCCUAUGCCGCCGCCCGGCAUGGGCGGAGGCCCCGGCGGCCCUGGCGGUCCCGGUGGUCCUCCCGGCUUCAUGCGUCCGCCCAACGGCCUGUCGCCUCCUCCCGGUCCGCAGACGCCCAGCGCCGGCCCAGGCGGCCCAGGCGGUCACGGUGGUCCCCAGGGCCCUCCGGGAUACCCGAUGCAGCAGGGCUUCCUGCCUCCCCAGCCGCAGGGCUUCUACGGCCGCCCGCCGAUGUAUGGCCAGAGCCCGCCCCCGCCCGGACAGCAGAUGUACCAACAGGGCAACCAGCACUCGCAGGACAUGCUUGCGGCCCUGAUGCGCCACUAG